AUGGUCCAAAAGGACAUCUGCAUGCAGCCAGCCUGUUAUGGAGGCUCUGACUUCAUCCUCCAAGAUUUUCAGCUUGAAUUGAAGCUCCAGAACAAGACUCCUCCAAACGAUUUUCUCCUACCCAUCUGUCUAGAAGACGUCACUCCCAAAGGCCCACUCAGAGCACAAAUCGACCAGAGGGAACCUCCUGGCUACCUGGGCGGAGCCGGGCUCUCCCUCCACCGGGUACCGUGCGCGCCCCCGCGCUGGGCAGCCAUAUCUCCCGCAGACCGGCGCCUCCUUAACCCGAGGAGGCGGGGGCGGCCGCGGCCAGAGGGUGCCGGGGAGGCGGAGCGGAGGCUGGGGAGGAGCUGGGGCCUGCAGUGGAGCCGCAGCCCGGAGCAGCAGCCGCGGCAGCGGCGGGGCCUGGAGAGACUCAACGCCGCUCGGCCGGGGCCCCCCGCGCCGGAGCCCGGAGAGCCCCUGGGGAGGAAGCCGAGGCCCGGCGGAAGUCGGCGGAGGCGACCGCUCAGCCCCGCGCAGGCCCGUGGGCCGCCGCGGCCUCCCGUGGUAGUCGGGCCCAGGCAAGAGGAGCUGGGGCCUGGGGGGGAAGCCAGGGACAGCCUCCGGGCAGCCGGGGUGGGGGGACACCCUGCCCGCCGCCCCCCUGCCCCAUCCGCAGCCGUGAGGGGACACCCCGUUAGACAGCCCCACUCCCGGCGCGAGGGACGCCCCCUCGCCCCUCCCCACCCUUCGCUGGCAGGCCGGGGCGCACCCGCAGCCAGCCGCCUUCCCCGCACCUGGCGAGAGAGCUUAGUACUUGCCCCCUUCCCCCUAACCAGCCAAGGCUGGGCAGAGGCCCCUGACACCAAGCCCUGUGACUUAUCUAGAAGCGGGUCUGUUCUUCCUCACUGUGGAAUAGAGCCUGCUGGAGCUCUUUCCAUACCUGUUGAGGGGAGAGGCAUCCUCAGACCACAGAUUCUGAGGGCUGUGAGAACAACCCUUACCACCCACUCCCCCCUGCUACUGAGGAAAUUCCUCUCUCAAGCAGAGGAGACAGCUCUUACCAGACCAGAUAGUAACAGGAAGAUCCCUCAUUCCCCAAUCCCAGGAGGGUUUUCUUCAAAUAUCCUGUGCAAGGAGAGAAGACACACCUCCCAGUUACAGGGAAAGGAAAAGGCCGUCUUCACUGUUAAUAGUCACAGAGAUAGCACGAUUUUUUUCAGAGAAAGAGGUUUGCCCACUGUUAAGGACAAGGUGCAGCUAGAGGGAAGAAGAAAUUUACAGGUAGAGAGACUGAGGAAAUUGAUUUUUGAAAUAAUCUGACAAUCAGUGAAAAGGCUGCCUCCCAGGGGAAUACCUUUUUAGUCCUUAGCUGCCAGAAGGGAGAGAAGAUCUCCAUCCUGGGAUAAAACCAGCAGUUUUAGGGGACUGACAAUCCCACACAGAUUGUUUUAAUACUCAAGAUCCUGAAUUCAUCCACGAUCGCUUCGCCCUCAAAAUAUUUCUUGAAGAAGGUCUUGGAAUAUUUGACAGCAACGGUCUGAGGAUGGGCCUUCGAGAAAGAGUGUGAAGGACAGUACCCCAGAAACCAACACUGAAGAUAAGCCACCUUCCUCCAGAAAAUCUUCCAGACAGGGUGAGUGACCACAUUUUAUCAUUUCUCUAUUCCUAGCUGUCCUUCUCUUUUGCCUUAGCUCUUUGUUUUCCAUGUCUCUUCUCUCACUGUACCUGCUUUCCUUUUAAUCUUUUUUCUCUGUUCCUGAACCUCUCCCUAGCCUUAUUUUUCUGUAUGUCUUUCUCCAUCUCUCUCAUUUUCCCGUAUGUGCUGUAUGGAAUUGACUUAAUUCUUUCCCUCACUAUUUAGCUUAUGGGAGACCUCAGCCCUGGUUAAUUGUGAGAAACCUCUUUGCCCAUUUCCCUCUUACUUUCUUUCACUGGUGUAUUCAUCCUAGGUACAGCCUUUAUCGUUGCUGGUGUGAAAUUAAUUUCUGUCAUUUGGGGGCCAUUGAGAAGGAUAAUACUGGCAAAAAAAACCUGUUGAGGAGACAGGAGCGGUGAUUUGUACCACUAGUGUACACGAAUCCACCUGUGGGGUUGGAGUGUCAGUUUUUCUCCAUAUGGGUCCUUCUGUGUUUGUAACUGUGGGAAUAACUGUGUGAUGCAGACCUCUACUGUGACUUGGAGCUGAAUGUACAGAUCCCAGUGCUAGAGCUCAGAGAUGUGUGUCGUGAUGUACCUGGGGGCUGUGGGAUGAAUUCUGGAAAGAGUACCCUUGACAGCGGGUCCUGUGGUGCUCCAGGGCCUGGGAAUGAAAGUGGUGACAGUGCUGGUAGAAUCUGCUCUGAAAGCCAAAAGAAGCCAUUUGUUGCCACUAGUCUUCAUCUGUGUUUUUUAUGCUGUGUUUAGGGGCUAGGAAUGUGACUCCUAAUGCUAGUGAUAUGGUAAGCCAAGCUGGCUGCUUUUUGUAAAUGAGGCAGUUAAUUUCAGUCACAAAUGAAUAUUCUGAUACUAACUUAGUGAUUUCCUGAGAAAUCAAGUCCAAGGGAGACUAAAUCUCAAAUGAAGCCCAAGCAGAUUCCUGUACCAGAAGAAUCAUGCCUAAGGAUGUCUCACCUGAGAUAUUCCAGUUUAUGUUCUUGAAUAAGAUAGCAGUGAGGAAAUCCAAGACCAAGGGGUCCUUGGCCCAGACGGAAACCAUUCUGGAAUCCAUUUGGGAACAUAGUGGUUAACAGGGAGUCCCUGGAGAAGGAACUCCGUGGUGUAAUUUGCAAGCAAGAUCAGACAAAAGGUGCCAGGGCCCUCCAAAGUGAUUUGUCGUUUUGUCAGAGAAUUUUUACAGUUAUCCCUAGCUUCAGAAGGUGCCUCUUUAUAAUGGAAGGUUGAACCAUGAAGCAUACAUAUGUUCUGGGGGUAUUGUUAGAUGCCCUCCUACCUGUUGCCCUAUAGUUAUGCAAUCAGCCUGUUUUGAGUACAGCUGUGUUAUCUAGCAUGAGGGAAGAGAUAGCUGUGGCAUUUUGGCCUUUGUACAUCCAAGGGGAUAACUGACUUUUCAUGCUCUUGAGGUUAAUUUAGCUCACGCUGCCCCCUUCCUCACAGUAGUGACUUGACAUUUUUUCAAGUGCUUUUGGCUCUGAUGGAUGCCAGGGUACUUUACAGAAUAUAUAUGCCAGCCUUACAGAAUUCUGCUCUUCCACAACAAUUAUCUUUCUGUAUAUGAAACUUUUUUCUUCAUUAUUAAUGAUAAAAAUUAAGAUUUUGUAUUUGCUGCUUGGGCUUUAAAUAUUCAUGACAGACAUACAAGGGUGAAAGUCAUAUGCUGUAGAAUAACUGUUAUUUGUUAAUUGCUGACAGGGUAUUCAGUGUUGACUUGGACACACAAAAUUAAGACAAUGCUCUGCAGAUCUCAUAGUCUAAAACACAGCUAUACAAAAGCAAGGACAUACUGAUAAAUUUAAGGAAGGGACUCAUUUUUAGAGGACAUAGCUCUUCAGUGUGAUCGUGGUAUUUACAUCAAACUUUUAUCACAAGCUAAAAUGCAUCUUCUUAGGUGGAAUACUGUAGCUGUUCUGUACCAUUUAUUUUAUACAAAAGUACCCAUAAAAGAAAAAGGGAGAGUAUUAUUUAUCUUUUUAAAAAUGUGAGAUACUUUAUAGACACAUUUAAAUGAAAGUGCUACGUCUUUAAAAGUUUCCAUUAAGAAUGUGAAACCAGAACACCUAAAAUUAGGCUUUAAAAACCACAUUUAGGUACCUAAGUAAAUAGCCUAAUUCUUUUAAGUGCCCAAGAAUGUAGAGUUGACGUGAACAGAAGCAAUGAAGUCUUCAACAAUUAAAAGACAGUUAUGUGUGUACGAGUUUGUAAAUUUAAAUUUAGAUAUUCAUGCUUCUAAAAGCUGACUUGUAAAGUUGAAUUAGUCUGAUCUUGUCCUAUGUGCACUCUGGU